AUGGCAAAAAAAAGGAAGGUUGAUGCUGAAGGGAGGCAAUUUCAAGAGAGGUGGGAGAUAGAAUACUUCUUUACUGAGUAUAAAAAGAGGCCUGUGUGUCUUAUUUGCAAUGAGACAAAAGCCGUGUUCAAAGAAUAUAAUUUGCGUCGUCAUUUUGAGACGGCCCACCAGCAGCAAUAUGCCACCAUGGACAGGGAACAGAGGCUUCAGAAAGUCACGGAGCUCAAAAAAGGCAUUCAACUACAGCAAAAUAUGUUUCACAGGGCCAGAUCUUUAACAGAUGGAGCUGUAAAGGCAAGUUUCAUCAUAGCAGAGGAAAUCGCUAAAUCAGGGAAGCCAUUUGCCGAGGGGGACUUUCUAAAAAACGGUAUGCUUAAAGUUUGUGACAUUGUCUGCCCCGCCAAUAAACAACACUUUGCCAAUGUCAGUCUGACAAGAAAUACCAUGGCCAGCCGUGUGGAUGAGCUUUCUGACGAUUUGCAAUCACAGCUCAAAGAUAAAGCAAAAGAAUCUGUAAACUACUCAAUUGCUGUUGAUGAAAGUACGGAACAACCACCGGCCAGAAUAUUUUCAAACAGGUGGAUGUGCAUCAGUGGAACCGGCUUACCAUGGAAUAAACUUGUGGGGCUGACGACCGAUGGGGCGCCUGCUAUGUGUGGGAAAAGGAGUGGAAUGGUAGCAAAGGUGCGAGAGAAGAUGAAGGAGACGGGAGGAGAGCUGACUGCUUACCACUGCAUUAUUCAUCAGGAGGCCCUGUGUGGAAAAGUGCUAGGUAUGGAACAUGUCAUGACAGUGGUUACGAAAACGGUGAAUUUCAUCCGAGCACGGGGCUUGGACCACCACCAGGUCAGGGCACUUUUGGAGGAGGGAAAUUCGGAGUAUGAACAUGUGCCAUACCACACAGAAGUACGCUGGUUAAGCCGUGGGAAGGUGUUGCACAGAUUUUAUGAGCUGCGCGAGGAUAUUGCUAGUUUCAUGGCAAUGAAGGGGAAAGCUGUCCCCGAGCUGGCCGAUGAAAAGUGGAUACAUGACUUGGCUUUUAUGUGUGACAUAACGCACCAUCUCAACGCACUUAAUGUGAAACUGCAGGGACGCAAACAGCUGAUCACGGACAUGCGUGACGCAGUGAAAGCCUUUCGGACAAAACUGCGCUUGUGGGAGAACCAAAUGCAGCAGGGAAACUAUGUUCACUUCCCGACCUGUCAGUCUGUUGCAGACAACCUCAACACUGCUUUCCCAAAUGAGAGAUGCGCAGAAAAACUGAAAACCCUCAAAGCCGAAUUCGACAGGCGAUUUUCCGACAUCAGGCCAUACCUUUUCAUUUAA